CAAGCGGGUCCUCGGGGGUGCAAUUUGUGGCGCCGUCAGUCCUCGGCGGUACACGCAGCGUUGUCUGUAGCUCCAUCUGCUUCGAGGGACCCACGUGUGUGCUGCAGUGCUCGGACCGUGAGAGCAGCGGCAUUUCGUGAGUCCAGCUUAGGAGCCCGACCGCUGUCCGCUGGGAGAGUCCGGUCAUUUGGAGCGCAGCGUCGCGAUGCCGAAGGUAAAGAGGGGUAAAGCCGGAGGAGCGGAGCGGGCAGGAGCCUCCCUGCCUCUGGCUGACCAGCUGCUCCAGUCGGACACCACCAGGAGCCACAGCCGCGUUAAAAGCAGGGCCAGAAGGCAGGAGGAGGAAGAGGAAGAGUAUGUGGAUGAAAAACUGUCCAGGAAGAUUUUGGAACAGGCACGAAUCCAGCAGGAAGAGCUGCAGACGGAGUUUGGAGUGACCCCAGGAGUCCAGAAGAAACCUUCUACUGUUCUAGGUCCAAGUUCUCAGGAUGGCGACUCUGAUGAAGAAUGGCCGGAGCUGGGGGCCGCCGGGUCAGUGGAGGCUGACAUGGGGGCGGGCGCUGUGGUUGAGGUCGACCCAGAGGAUGAAAAAGCCAUCCAGAUGUUCAUGAACAAAAACCCACCUGUCAGGAGAACUUUAGCUGAUAUCAUCAUGGAGAAGAUCACGGAGAAGCAGACGGAGGUCGGUACAGUGAUGUCGGAGGUGUCAGGGCAGCCCAUGCCCCAGCUGGACCCCCGGGUCAUAGAGGUCUACAGAGGGGUCAAGAAGGUCCUGUAUACGUACCGCAGUGGGAAGCUGCCCAAAGCCUUUAAAAUCAUCCCGGCGCUCUCCAACUGGGAGCAGGUGCUGUAUCUCACCGAGCCGGAGACGUGGACGGCAGCCGCCAUGUACCAGGCCACACGGAUCUUCUCCUCUAACCUGAAGGAGCGGAUGGCCCAGCGCUUCUACAACCUGGUGCUGCUGCCGCGGAUCCGGGACGACAUCACCGAGUACAAGCGGCUGAACUUUCACCUGUACAGCGCGCUGAAGAAGGCGCUGUUUAAACCCGGGGCGUGGUUCAAAGGAAUCCUGAUCCCGCUGUGUGAGUCGGGUACCUGCACUCUGAGGGAGGCCAUCAUCAUCGGCAGCAUCCUCACCAAGUGCUCCAUCCCCGUACUGCACUCCAGCGCUGCCAUGCUGAAACUGGCCGAAAUGGAAUAUAACGGCGCCAACAGCAUCUUCCUGCGCCUGUUACUGGACAAGAAAUACGCCCUGCCCUUCCGCGUGCUGGACGCACUGGUGGCCCACUUCUUGUCGUUUCGCUUGGAGAAAAGGACGCUGCCCGUGCUGUGGCACCAGUGCCUGCUCACGCUGGUGCAGCGCUACAAGGCCGACCUGUCCUCCGAGCAGAAGGAGGCGCUGCUGGAGCUGCUGAAGAUCCAGAACCACCCGCAGAUCUCCGCCGAGAUCAGGCGCGAGCUUCACAACACCGAGGCCAGGGAUCUGGAGGACGCGACGCCAGUGAUGUCGAUGGACUGAGAAUUGAAAAAGAAAUAAAUAACAGACUGGAAUUCCUUCUGUUCAUCCUUUACAGGCGUUACAGGAACAGCCCAUUCAAAACGCUGACGCUGCCGACAGCGACCGCAGGCGAACAGCCGGCUUUUUCGGAUGACACUUGCCAUCAUGUUAAAUGGUGACAGGUAGCUUCCACUCAUUGAUAAGUACAUUUAGCAUGCUUACUCAGGCUUCUGCUUUAAAGGGGAAUUCCACCAGUUUUUCAGGGGUUGAGAUGUAAUCCGGAGUGCUUUGAUGGGAAGUAGUUAACUGAAGGGAAAUUUACUCAGUUCAAAAAUACAUUUUAGGCCAAAGUCUUCUCAAAACUACCGUAAAGCAGCGUCUCAGACACCGGGCAGCAAGUUCAUAACCAUUAUUAAUGUCUGUGAGGGAGCUUUUAGAGGUGGACGUCUGGUUCCUAUCACCACCAGUCUGAACAGUUUCACACUAAACUGCUCGGAAUGACUUACAACUUAUUGAUUAAAUAAUCCAGAUUUCUUUAAAUAUAGGUGAUAUUCCUCUUUAAGGUAGGAUUGUCCAGGUUUGGUCUUUUUUUUCCCUCCCUGUUUUAAAGGUAAUUGAAUAAGCAUUUCUGUUUCUCCACAAGGUAAUAAAAAUAUUCAUUUCUUAGCUGUAAUGAUACAACAUGUAGAAUAUUACAUGGCGACUUAUUUUCCAGCCAAAUGCUUUUGUUUACUAGACUGGUACACCACUGGGGGGGUGAUGUCAUGUUCCUUUAUGCCCCCCAGUGGUCCACGGUACUUGGUGUACCUUUAAUUCACUGCUUCUGGAAUGUUUUGUUCAUCGUUCGGUGGCUUUUUGUUCUCCAUUCUUUUGAAUUCUGUUCAGUGGAAGUUUCUGAACUUGCAGUGAUUGAUUAGGUUUGCUGUGUAGAAAUGCCUUGUUUUUCUGCCAGAAGUGGGUCACGGCCUUUAGCAGCCUUACCACUACUGGCAAUUCGUAACAAGCAAGUCAAACAAGUGCAAACUCGUGAAAAACUGUCAAAGCACUGACACUGAAAGGUUGAUUUAGGGCAAACUCCUGUACGCUUUAAUCCGUGGCUCAUAAACCAUGUUUGUAAUAAAAGUGUGCUGUAUGAACCGUCACUGGAAACAGAGCUCAGAACUCUACUGGGCUGCUAUCACUGUUUGCUGUUCUUGACCGGUUUUCUUGGCAGGUGCGAGGCGUUGAGUUUCGGGCAAAUCACCUGACACACUUUCGCUUUUGUGUAAACACUAGGUGUUUAACAUGAGCGCACUACUAAAGUGAAAGCAUUGUUGCUGUGAAAGUAAACGAACCUCUCCAAAACAACAGCUUGAGUAGCAGAAGAAACACACACAUUUAAGUACUGAGCAACUGCAGCGGAACUUAUCAGUAUAAGAACUGAAGUUCGUUAGACUCUGGAUUUUGUUAUUCCUCUAUUUUUGGAUCCUUUUGACGUAAAAUAAAAAAUCACUGUAAUAUGGUGUGGCAUUGAAA